UUGUUUUAGUCUUCGACGGGAGUUGGUUUAGACAAUUAGUUCAGUUGAAACCUAAAUUGAAAGCUAUUCAAAAUGAGUUACUCGUGGGAUAAGCGUGUCGAAUUCAUCGUCAGUCACAUGUACGAUUUGGACAACAAUGGCUUCCUGGACAACAACGAUUUCCAGUGCAUGGCUCUGCGUGCCACCGUCGUUGAGGGCAAGGGCGACAUCAACCAGGCUCGCCUGACAGAGUACCGCACCAUCAUGAAGGCCCUGUGGGAUGAAAUCUCCGCCCUUGCCGAUUUCGAUAAGGAUGGUAAAAUCACCACCGACGAAUUCAAACAGGCCGUCAGGCAGACGUGCGUUGGCAAACCCUAUGCCGAAUUCCCCAAGGCCAUGAAGGCUUUCAUUGAUGCCCAUUACAAAAUGAUGGACAUCAACAACGACGGUCUGGUCAGCAUAGAGGAGUACCGUUACAACUCAAUCACCCGGAUCGCAGUCGAUGACAUCAAGGUGAUCGAUGACUCGUACAACGCCCUAGUCAGCGACGAGGACAACAAGCGCGGUGGAAUUACCCUGCAGAGAUACCAGGAGUUGUACGCCCAGUUCAUGGGUAACGAAAGCGACAAGUGCUCGGCCAUCUACCUGUACGGCCCGAUCCCACAAUAAACCGUUUGAACCAACAUUCGAAGAUUCACCACCUUUGGCAAACAAAACAAUGAAUACCACCAACCAAAAUGCGGCUUUUGCUUAACAGUAAACUAACAACACCAGGUUUAAGUAUUAAGCAUAAGAUUAUAGACUAAAGCAAAUGAUGCUAGAAAUGAGAAAGAGGAAAGCUUCUAAAUCAACCUCUCGACAUCAGACAACAUCUUGAUUCGAAUACUAAAACAUCCCAACUGACUAAAUAAAGCAAACAUCAAAACCGAAAAUUUAAUUUUAUUUGUAUACGAGAUUUAUUAGAUCAUCAAACUACCGACCUCUAGACAUCAUUAACGAUUCGGACCUAGAACAAUAUAGUAGCAUCACGAAUCGGUUCCUCUUUCCAAACAAUGUGGUAGUUUGACGGGUGGUCCUGAUCCGGUUCCAUUCCAACUAAAAGACGAAGCGGAUACCCGUGUUCCCGACUGUGAUCUCACACUCUAAGGACCCCCGGUACCCGUUACGAGCAGAAGGGAACAUAAGCACCCAUUUUGAAGGUGCAAUGUCUAACGAACGAGUAGAAUGCCGAGCAACCAAGACCCCGCCCAGGCAUUUACCAGUAAUUUUUUUUGUUAGGCCUACCACUUUCAGUUUCGUUCCCUAUGUCGAUUUUGAUUUCCGAACCAGCUAGGCGAAUUUGUGCCUGCAAAUUGCCUAAGCCCGUUCGUUUCACUUUAUUUUUUCCAUUCUUCUACUUGUUUGAAUUUGUACAUAAAACCAAGUGAGAAUCAAUAUCAACUUUUUAAAAUACUAGAUAGUAACAAUUGAAAAAUUGAAAAAGUUUUACUUGUUCUGAAAACAUACUAACUACUAGCAAUAAUGCAAACACUAUUUAAUGUUAAUGAUUUUUAGUGAAACUACUAUUUUUACUCUAAUUAUUAUUGUUCAUAUAUGUUAACGAUUACGGUGUUUUUAAAUAUUAGCUUUAAUUGUUUAAGAAAUAUUUCUCGCCUCCUUCUUUGAAAGUUUGAAAAUCUGUAACAACAUCAACAGCUAGCACACUAACAUCGUGCAAAUAAUUGAGGUUAUGUCAUAAUGUUCGUUUGUAAUAAUACCAUCAAGAUCAAGAAAAUAACAUCAAUCAAUUAACAUUAAAGAAGGUUUGUUAGUUUUAAAUCUUAAUAACCAAUUAAUAAAUGUUAAGUGAAUGAAAAGACAGAAAAUGUUUUAAAAAUAGCUAGAUUAAAUAAUUUAUAAUUGUUACUCAGUGUAGGAAUCUAUCUUCAACAGAAAAAAAAACAAUAAAGGUGAAACUACUCUUAUUUCGUACUUUCAAUAUACUACUGUAACGUUAUUAAACUGUACUAGAUUAAAUGCUUGCAGUAAAAAGCAGUGAUUAUUUCCUGGCAAAUUAUUCUUACAACUAACGUGAGCAACAACAUCUUUGAGCAAGUGAAUUAAAAAUAUUAUUUUCUAGAAAUAACAACUCACUAGAGAGAACAAGUUUGACCACAAGAAACAACUGACUUAUAACUGAAACAAUACGUUUGCGAAAUAGUUUGCCCAUUUUAUAACCUUUUAUUGCGUGUGUCGUAGUGAUCCGUUUGAAGAACAACAAAAACAACAAACAACAACUUUAUAUGAGAAGUUUAAACAAACAGCUGAAAUCUUUUAAACUUAGAGGAUACUGAUACAAAUUUUGGUUUUUCUUUCGUUCGAAUAAUCACUGUUUUUUCUUCACUCAGAAAAAGAAUUGUCCCCUAUCAUUUGAUGUGUAAAGUAUUUUGCUUAGUUCCGAAAAAAAAACUUGUCAGAAUAAUUAAUAAUAAUUUAGAACGAUGGGCAAAUAACGUGAAUUAUUUAUCAUAAUGCGGUUUUAGGGACAUAUUCGUAUGCGCCCAAGAGUUCCUUUUUAAAAACAUUCAGUUUACAACAAUUACUUUCCAUUCGUCCCACAAAGUUAUCUAACCGGAAGUGUGAUGGUGCGACUGAAGAAAAAACAAUAACUACCUAGUUUGUCUUAUUUACAUACUCAUAGAAAACGAUAUUUUUCCGUAUAGAACAAUAGCAACGAAUCAAUCCCUCAAACCUUAUCUUAAUUCCAUGUUUGAAAACGUCCUUUCUUUUUCCAAUAUUAAUUAAUGCAACCAAAGCAAUGAAAAACCAGAAAAAAAUAAUUCGAGAAAAUAUGA